GAUAGUUAUAAACGAUUGAAAGAAAUAUCUAUAAUGCACUCAUUAUUUGAUCCACUAACUGAUGAGGAACUGAAAGCGAAGAAAAAAAUGGAAAUUGCUGAGAUUGGAAUAUUAACAUUAACUAUCGAUUCUUCACUUUCUGAGCUAACAUCUAAGAAGCUGAAAAAUUUUUCAAAAGAUAUAAUAUUGGACAUAAUUAAGGAUUUAAAGGAUGCUGAUUUAACUGCAGAUACAUCUGAAUACAACUCCAGGGGAAUUCCUGAGAACAGGAGCAUAGAAUCAAAUCUUAAGACUAGUGAGAACUGUAAGAAUAUUGAUACAACAGCAAAUACAUCUAAAUCCAAUUCCAGGACUAACGGAAAUGUAAUUUCUAAAAAUCGUAAAAGAAAAUCAUCUCUCAAAAGUAGUGCUAAACAUAAGAGUACUGGCCUGUCUGAAAAGUGUGAAACUUUUAGCAAGAAAUUCAUGGAGAGGAAUCCCAAUUUUCUAAAUAGAG